GUGUGUGUGUGUGUGUGUGUGUGUGUGUGUGUGUGUGUGUGUGUGUGUGUGUACAUGCGUCAGCAGCUGGGACAGCCUGGCUUGCCUUCCAUCUCGGCCACUGCUGCCGCUGCCACUCUGUGGGAGGUGAGGAGGAGACAGAGGGGAAGGAGGGAGAGAUGGAGUCGAGUCCCAAAUAGAGCCAUGGGGGCUGAGGUUGGGGCUGGGCCCCUCUUUGCUAUAAAUACGCUGGCCGCCUGGAGGUUCGGGUUGGUGGUUGGAGUUUGGGACCAGCAGCCUCACCGCUACUGCAGCCUUCCUCAAGGCGGCCUUCUCCACCUACACAUCAUCCUCAUCCUGGUCGUCAGUGUUCUCAGCAUCUAAGAUGCCUCGGGUGGAUGCAGACCUCAAACUGGUUAAAGAUGUCCUCUUUAGACCCAAGAGGAGCAGCCUGAAGAGUCGCUCAGAGGUGGACCUUCAGAGGACCUUUACAUUCCGCAACUCCAAACAGACCUACACUGGCAUCCCCAUCAUCGCUGCCAACAUGGAUACCACAGGAACCUUUGAGAUGGCUCGUGUCCUCAGUAAACACGUGGCUGCUAGCUCAGGCAGCGGCAGUGCAGAUCUGGAGAUGCUGUGCGCCAUCUUAAAAGCCAUCCCAGCUCUGAAGUACAUCUGCCUGGAUGUGGCCAAUGGCUACUCAGAGUACUUUGUGGAGUUUGUCAAAGUCAGAGAGAAGUUCCCCAAACACACCAUCAUGGCUGGGAACGUGGUAACGGGAGAGAUGGUGGAGGAGCUCAUUCUCUCUGGUGCUGACAUCAUCAAAGUGGGUAUUGGACCAGGGUCGGUGUGCACAACCCGAAUCAAGACAGGCGUCGGAUACCCACAACUCAGUGCUGUUAUAGAGUGCGCAGACUCCGCUCACGGACUCAAAGGACACAUUAUCUCUGAUGGUGGCUGCAGCUGUCCAGGUGACGUAGCAAAGGCUUUUGGGGCUGGAGCUGACUUCGUGAUGAGUGGAGGAAUGCUGGCAGGCCACGAUCAGUGCUCCGGGGAGAUCAUCGAGAAGAACGGCAAGAAGUACAAACUCUUCUACGGGAUGAGCUCGGACACAGCCAUGAAGAAAUAUGUUGGGGGAGUCGCCGAGUACAGGGCUUCCGAGGGGAGGACGGUGGAGGUUCCCUACAGGGGGGAUGUGGAGAACACCAUCCAUGAUGUGUUGGGGGGCCUGCGUUCCACCUGCACCUACGUUGGUGCUGCCAAGCUGAAAGAGCUGAGCCGCAGAACCACCUUCAUCCGAGUCACGCAACAGUCGAGCCAAAUGUUCACCUAACAGGGCUUAGAGCACUCUACUGGUUUCUCUCAGGAUAUCUGCUGUAGUUUGUCUAUCAAGUGAAC